AACAGCCCAGCCUUCAUGCUUUCACUUUCGCUGAGGCUUUUCAUGAAAGAGCCGAGUUUAUUAGAAACACAGUGCUGAGUGCUCUGCAGUGGACAGGGAAUGCGCAAAGGGUUAGCCUACUUCUCCAUGGAAAACGAAGCUGAACACACUCUAAACUUCACUGUUUUCAACGGAUUUUUUGGCAGUAGGAUACUUAUUUGUCAUUGAUUUGAGGAAAGUCAUCCAGAAGAGGUCCAGUUUAGAAGUCCGGAUAGAAAAACAUUCCACUGCUGGGUUGCUGCUGGUCGGGCUAGAGGCUUGUGACUGUCCUGGCAUGAUGAAACGCCCACUCGACUUGGUCAUGACAUCAUGGUUAUGUAUACUGGGUCAGUGCAGUUGUGAAGUAGCACAAAAAGGGAUUGAGGUGAACUGCUUAUAUGAUGCGGAAAUUGGGAAAGUUACAUGCAGUGUUGCUUUUCAUGGCAUGGCGGAAUGUGAGGUUGUAUCUGCCACACUCUGUGACAUGGAUGAUAUCUGCAUCAAAAGGGAAGCACUGACUGUUGAUGUCAUGGAUCCUAAAGAACAAGAGUAUACUUUCACUGCUUAUACGGAAUGUGGCGUUGCAACAACAUCGGUCAACAUCACACUACCACCAGGCAAACUUGACAAGUUUGAAAAGGAAUAUGAAGAUACAUUUCCUGAAGAUCACCAAGCUCCUUCAAAGCCUAUGUGGGCCAUCCUAGGAACCUGCAUUGUAAUGUUUAUUGUUUGCAUGGUCUUUUUAAACCAACACAGACCCAGGAUGUGCUCUGGAUCAGGAGACAGAGAUGUGGAGAGCCAUAACACACGCCGCCAUGUGGAGAGUCAACACACAUCUCCAGACUCGCCUGACGGUGAGCCCCUCUCAGUGGGUCAGGAACCAAGAGACACUCACACACCUCUGGUGGCCUGAGACACAGAUGAAGCCUCCAGCUGAUUCCAGAUCCAGACACAGAUGAAGCCUCCAGCUGAUUCCAGACAUGGCACAAGUCAUGGCAUGACACAAGUCAUGGCAUUCUUAGAUGCGUUCAUUAAAAAGUAACACUUUUUGCACGCUGGAAUUUCGGCUAAGGACUAAGGACGGCGCUUUUCUGGACUACCAGAGCUUUCAUCCAUCGAUACUGAAGCACAGUUUAACCAUGACAGCCAAUUGCCGGAUCUGAGACAGUGAGGAGGCAUUUGAAAGACUUUGCGCUUUACACAAUCACAUUUGUCUCUACUUUCGGCCAGAUAUUCGAUAAGAUAUAUAACACGCUGAAAAAUAGAGUGCAAUAUUGCUGACAUUACGUUGUCAAAACAGUUAACACACAGGUCUAAACAGAAUUACUCUGGCCAAAAUGACACAUUUUGCUUGCAAAAGACUAACUCUCUCAAAACAUUUAAAACACACAGCAAAAGCCAAUUUUGCCUUCAAACAACACAACUUGUAGUCAAAUCACUAAUUGUAGUCAAAUCACUAUUCGCUUUCAAUCAAUCAUUACACACUGACUGUAAGGGUCCUGUCGUGUUUUGUUUUCCCUGUUUAGUGUUUUCCUUCAUC